ACUUGAAUAGAUAGUGGGGAACUCUUCCUGCUCGGUCCAGCCCGAUUACGGAUGAAUGGAGGAGACGGCGGCGUGGCGCAGCGCAACUGAUAGGAUCAGCGCCUGCGUCUGUCUGCAAGCAAGCCCGACGCAGCUGCGUCUGCUUGUCCUCGGUCUCCCGCAAAGGCCCGCCAUUCAUUUCGGAGCGAGGGGGUUCUUGGCUGUGAUCGCGACCAUAGUCUCCGGACGUGUUCGGUGGACUUGGGGUGGAUCGAUCGCUUUCCUCGCCGCUUCAAACGCGCUCACUUACUUCUUGCCAGAGCCUGGGGGCGACUCACGGUCCUUCUGGAUCCAGGCGCUCUUGAGCAGGUCGAUCUCGAGGUUCGUCUGACGCUGCUUCUGAGCGUCGUUGGCGUCCUUGGUGGCAGGCUUCGGGGGCAUUGUUUUCGCGUCGGAUGGACUGCAGGUGGACAAGUGUGUCGUAGAGCGCAAAUUGCGUUUUGAGCCGACUUGAGCUGUGGCACGCAGCGCAGCCAGCCCUGUGCUUGACGACGUGACGGGUUGGCUCCUGAAGCUACAGGAGCUCCAGAAGGAUUGGGAUUGUUCCUCGAGGUGUCGACACGACAACUUCUUAGCCCAAGCAAAUUUCCGCCAUGCGUUAAAAGGGCCAGCUUAAUCAACCAACUCGAGCCUCGUGCCACGUUGGACGAGCGGAACACGAAUCGAUGGAGUGGCUCGUAAGCCGACCAACAUUGUUCAUCGGUGGGCGGACUUUUAUUACCUAACUCAGUGAUUUUUUAAAGGACGAUAAUACUUUACGGAGAGUUCUCUCCACCUCUUGACGAACGUGCAUACACAAAACGC